GUUUUUUUUUUUACUAAAUGUUUGAUUAAAGAUCUUAAAGCAAAAAAUACUGUUGUGAUGGCUGUUUUUCCCCCGAUUAAAAGGAACCUGACUGCAGUAUUGACGUGUCCUACAUCCUGUUAAUUAUGUAAUAACUGCUUAAACUGAAGUACUGGUGUAUUCGAUAGGAAAUAUUAAAGGUGGUUUAACGGCAGGUGUGUCUUCAUAUAAACGUUGAAAUCGACAACAGCUGCGGUUUGUUUUGUGUGAUCGAUUGUACACCGGGUUUUUCUCCCACAUAUGGAGGAGCAUCAGAGUGGAAGUGUUGAAUUAUCGCUCAAGUCUUCUGUUCGGUUCAGCGGUGACUGUACAGAGGCUCCGCGCAUGCGCACUCAUAGAAGCGGAGCCGCAGGAGAUCAGUGCUGCGCUCCAAAGUAAGGGUGCCAUUAUGAGUGCCAAAGUGAACACAGAGAUUUCACCCAAAGAAGAUCAUAGAUCUUUGGACCCAUCCUCCACCACCCCUGGUGAGACUGUUCUCAUCUGUGGCAGUGAUGGUGUGGCAAAGAAAGUAAAGCCCCUGCCCCUGGCCCAGCCUCAGCCACACACCACCACAGCUCUUCUUCUGCCAGCUCCACCUGCCAGUAAUCAGAAAGUGGAGAUGAGUCCAGCUGUAGCUGUGGCAGAUCCAGGUAAAGCCAGCAGGACCAAUCACACAACUGCGCCUACCCUGACUGCACAGGUAGGCGGGGCCUGUAGCAUUGUCCACGUCCUAGAAUGGAAGGAGGGAAUGGCUAUCCUGCCCAGCAGCAACCUCAAGUUCUGUGUGAGUGAUGUGGGAACACUGAGCACACUGAUCACCCCAGGGACCACUACCAGCAACACCACUGAAAUAGCAGCAGGGGCUUCUGGGAGAUCUGCAGAUGCAGAAGGUGUUGCGGCAGACAAGCCAGAAAUGUCAGCUCCCAUCAAUUCAGUGAGAGUUCCAGCUGUAGAACCAGGAAGACUGCUGUCAGUCAAACCAGAAGCUCAGGUCGGCCCUGGACACCACCACGAUCCGAAACCUCAGAGGAGCUACACAGAGGAACUUCACAGAGACGCCAUCACUGACAGGAGGAGCAUCGGGAUCGAAAAGGUGCCGGCAGGGGGAAGGGUCCCCUCUCUGAACCCAGAUCAUCUGAAACCAAUGAGAAAGAGGAAGAGGAAAGAAUACCUGAGUCCGUCUGAGGAAGACUCUGACAACGAGGGCACGGAUGAGAAAAUGGACGACUCUAAGGGAGGACACAUCAGAGGAGCUGGAGACAAUAAGACAGAGCAGUGGACAUGGACACAGUAUCUGGAGGAAACCAAAGCGAUCGCUGCUCCCACCAAGCUUUUCCAAGAGUCUCAAAGAGUGCCAACUGUGAAGAAUGGCUUCAAGCAGGGAAUGAAGCUGGAAGGCAUUGAUCCACAACAUCCAUCCAUGUACUUUGUCCUCACUGUGGCUGAGGUCUGUGGCUACCGUCUGCGGCUCCACUUCGAUGGCUACUCUGACUGCCAUGACUUCUGGGUGAAUGCCAACUCCCCUGACAUCCACCCUGCAGGCUGGUGUGAGAGCACAGGGCAUAAACUGCACACUCCCAAAGGUUGCAAAGAGGAGGAGUUCACCUGGACCAACUACUUGAAAAUGACUAAAGCACAAGUCGCUCCCAAAGAACUGUUUGCCAGUCCUGGCAAGGUUGAUGUCAAGUGUAGUUUUGAGAUAGGAAUGAAGCUUGAAGCUGUGGAUCGCAUGAACCCCUCCCUCAUCUGUGUUGCCACUGUCACUGACAUGGUGGACCAACGCUUCCUGGUUCAUUUCGACAACUGGGACGACACGUACGACUACUGGUGUGACGCCAGCAGCCCGUACAUUCAUCCAAUUGGUUGGUGCCAGGAAAGGAACUUGGCCCUAACACCACCCCAAGCAGAUUUUCCGGAUAAGGGUCGGUUCUCCUGGUCGCGUUAUCUGGAGGACACUGGUUCUAAAGCUGUGGCUGCUGAUGCUUUUAAAGUGCGCCUACCACAUAACUUUCAACCUCAGAUGAAACUGGAAGCAGUGGACAAGAGAAGUCCAGGUCUGAUCAGAGUUAGCACAGUGGAAGAAGUGGACACUCACCGCAUUAAGGUCCAUUAUGAUGGGUGGAGUCAUGUUUAUGAUGAGUGGAUGGACUCUGAUCACCCAGACAUACACCCAGCUGGCUGGUGUGAAGCCACCGGUCACCCACUGAAGGUUCCCCCACGGGAGCCGAAACCCCAACAACCACAUGGUGUGAGAGAACCUCCUGCCACAGCUCAGUCCACCUACCCAUCCUCUGUUCCCUGUAAACCCAUCAGCCACGCCAGAACCACCAAGUACAGCUUCCACAACAGAAAGUGUCCAACUCCUGGUUGUGACGGCUCAGGUCAUGUGACGGGUCGUUUCACUGCUCAUCACUGUAUAUCUGGCUGCCCAUUGGCUGAGCGUAACCAGGGCAGACUGAAGGCUGACCUGUCAGACUCAGAAGGCAAGAGGAACCUCUUCUUUGGACAGAGGACCAAGAAGACACACUAUCGUGGCAGGAUUGGGCGUCCUCCAAAAUACAGGAAGAACCAACAGAGAGACUACCAGAACAUGUCCUCAGAGGUCUACCCCUCACUGUUCAUGUCGGCUCUGAGCAGUCAGACUGACAGGACUCUGUCUUUGUGCUGGGAGCAGCACUGCAAGCUGCUGCCAGGUGUUCAAGGCAUUCACGCCAGUCAGGUGGCAGCGUGGAGCGUUGAUGAGGUCUUCAGGUUUGUCCAGAACUUAAUCGGCUGCGAAGACCAGGCUCGCCUCUUCAAGGAUGAGAUGAUUGACGGGGAGGCCUUUCUGCUGCUCACCCAGACCGACAUUGUGAAAAUCAUGAGCAUCAAACUUGGUCCUGCACUGAAGAUCUCCAACGCCAUCCUCAUGUUCAAAAGCACAGAUGAGGGUCUCAAGUGAUGUCAUGUGAAUCCACCAAAUCAUCAUGUGCCAAAAUUCAUUUUAUGGCAGGGAAAAAAAGCCCUGAUCGCUUUUCAUGUGUCUGGUGUCCUGUGCCCAUCAGAGAGGAAGCUAGAGCGUAGUUAGGGUGAGUACAGCAGAGGUCAAAAAUAAGGUCUAGAAGAAUUUUAGGAACGUACAAAAGAUUCAGUGGCAGAGAGAGUGAACAGAGCACAGCUGAGGCAGGGUCAGUGAAAUCAGAGUUUUACUAAACAUUAGUCUGCUUUUAACCAACUGCUGGUGUGUCACCGGCCUCUUGUUGCUCUUCAGCCAAAGUGACUUCCUGCUGUGACUUUGAGUCCUAAGCUGUGUUCCCACUGUGCACCACGGGAACUAUUGAGCUCUUAGGGACCACUUUCGAGAAAAGUUAAUGUUCUCUACUAACACUGUCUGCCUGCAGUUCCACUGUGGUGAAAGACCAGUCGAGAUUAUACAUAUGCAAAUGAGUACUGUGAUAUAUACUCUGAAGGUGUUUCUGAUCCAUGGCGUUGGCUCUUUAUUCCUCCAAUUUAAGACAAAAAUAUUUAGGCUUGAAACUUAGGUCUUGUAAAAA